AUGAAGACCACCCUCAUCAUCUCCAUGUUCCUGACCGCCAUCAUCGGCACCAACGCCAUGGCCAAGCCAAAGUCCGACAUCGGAGCCAAUGUGCUUGAGGCCCGCUGCCAUUGCGACGGACACUGCUGCGGCAGCUCCUGGUGCAACGAGGAGACUACGGGCGAAUGUGUCGACGGGGUGCCCUACUGCGAUGGAGUUCCGUGUCCGUGGGUUUGA